AUGCAAAAUUCAAUUCCAAUUGAUAAGCUAAAAGAAACUAUUUUGGCAAUACACAAUCUCGAUAUAGCUACAAAGCAAGCUAUGAACAUAGAAGAACAAUUCAAUAAGCAACCAACAACAACUUCUGCAACAGACUGUGAUAAUUUUUAUAAAAAGAUCGAUGAAUCUUUUCAACAAUCAAUUGAGCAUAUUAUAGAAUCAAUAUCAUCUGUUGGUUCUGCAAUAGCACAGAAAAAGAGCAAUUUAUCAGCAGAAGAGAGACUUCCUCAGAAAUUUGAAGUAGAUGCAUUACUAUUUUCAUUCUAUUUCGGAAAGCCAAAGUAUGUAGGUUCACCAAUUCCCACACAUUGUGGCUGUUUUGCCUAUAAAAUCAAAAAAUUAUUUCCAAAUAUGUUCAUUUGCUUCAAAAACAAUACUAAUUUCAUGCUCAUGAUUAUACACAAUGUCAACGAAACUUCAAUUGAUGCUUACGAUCCUUAUGAUCCAAAUCCAACUCCACAACUUGUUACUUUAACUAGCGAACAAUGGACACCAUUGCCUGUUAUAAUACCUAUGAAGCCAUCAAAGCGAUGGGAAUUCACAAGAACUGAAAAAGUGCUUGCUUUGCCUCAUAUUGAACAUUCACAUAUAUUUUAUCCAGCCACAGUAAUCUAUACACCUGCAGAUGCACAAAGUGAAACUAGAGGAUACACUUUAGAUAUAGAAGGAUACGGACAACAAGUUAUUCCCGAACAAUACGUUAUAAAAAUACCUCCGAGCUGGCUUUGA